UGACGUUCGAUUCGUCGCCAGUUCACGUCCACUAUAAAUACUCUUGUUCGGCACCCCGCUGAUAAAAAGGUGGGAAAUCAACGAAAAGUGCGCGUGUACUUCAAAAAAGGAGGGGAAAGAGAGGCGAGAUCUUACCAACGAAUGUUUCUUAAAUCACGCGCAAGACUGACUUAAUUUUAAAGCAUUUUAGUGGGGGAAAAACUUCUCGAUUGCGUUUAAUCCUGCUUUCUUCAAUAUAAUUUCUUCCUGAUCGUUUUGUUAAAAGCUUAAAGAGCAAAAUAAAGCGACGGUUCACCGACCCAGGAGCUACUUCUAGCUCGUUAGCAUAUAGCUUGGUGCAACGUCGGAGCGAUCGCCGCUUGACAGCUUUGACAGAAAAGGACAUAAGAUUAACAUUAACUGGACAUCAUGACGACUUCGACGACGAAAGCGAUGCUGACAGGCAAAAGGCUGAAUUUGACGAGUUUGUGGUCAUGGUGUCUUGUAGUUUUAACGCUUCUUGCUGUGUGGAACAUUGAAGGGUCAGAGGCACAACGGUAUAACAGGAUAUUUGGACCAAUGCUGGGUAAAAGGACACAGACAGAAUCAGCUGGAGAAGAAGUCUUCGAUUUUAAUGUACCAGAUGACUCCCAAAAGACUGAGACUGGAGCGUUUGAUUUUAGUAAAUCGUCAACAUAUCCUCUCGAUGCGCUCUUCAUGAGAAUGACCCCCGAAUGGCAACAGAUUAUCAUCAAGAUGAUGCGACAAGCACGGUACAAGAGCUAAGGAACAUAAGUCAAAGUUUAAACAAAAAACUCGAAAAAGGGGCACAAGGGAAAUCAUCAACGAGCCACGGGAGAAAUCAAAAUGGCACACUCGAGCUACUUCAAGCUGCCUCCACAAUCACGACAAUCCUUCACUGAUCCUGCAAUGGUAUUCCCUCUAUUCAAACCGCGUGGACGGACGACCUUCUUAUGGAUGUGAACUAGUUUAAUUCGGCUGUUUGAACGACAGUUAUGAUGAGACUAGAAUACGUCAUUACAUUGCAAAAAGCCUGUCAUGAAGUCUAAAAGUCUCUUAGGUCUGUCUGUGCAUUUUUUUUUAAUUUGUUGUUGUUCUCUUCUAAAUCAAGAUUUUGAUUCAUGAAUUUUGCUUUUGGUUAUUUUUUUCUUCAAAUUCUUAUUUUAACUCGUAACCUUAUGUCAGAGUAAUGUAACGGAACAAAAAAAUCAUGUCCGAGUUUAACACUAUAGUUCUCUCAACAAAGGGUUUAUGCAUACAGAAAGGACCUGCUGUAAAGCAUGAUUAUUCAAAGUAAUGUAACUCAAGUCAUUAUGUCUUCUUUUGGGAUUAGCUAGUAAUUCUACCGAGAAAAUGUUCUUCUGUUUAGAAAAGAAUGUUUGAAUAAACAUGUAUUUAGUAUAUAUAGGCUUCAUUUUCAUACAAAGGUACCAUUGUUACUCUCGGCCUAAUAUAACCAAUACUAGCGAUGCCAGCCUAUGUUUUUCAUCAAAUCACUCAUCCAUCGACAAAAUAAUAAUGUGAGCGCAGAAGCGUAAUAUAUCAUCAUGUAAAUAAGAUUCAUGUUAAUGUUAUUGUUGUGUUGUUGAUUUGUUUCAUUUCUUGGUUACAUGCACUGUCCUACGAUAUGUGUUUUUACCUUUAACUGUAUGGCUCUUAAAACAAACCCAACCUAAGCAAUCUAGCUCAUUAAACAGAUUAAAUGAAAGCAAAAGGGGUAUACUUCGUUAAUAUGUUUAUUACCAGAAACCAAACCUUAAUACUUCAGAUUUUGCUGAGAGUCUUUAACGCCAAUAUCGUACAGUAGGUUUGAUGCUAUGGUGGUAAUGUGAUCUAAUAUGGUUGUGACUGAUUUGCAAUUCAUGAGUCUGGGAGUAAGAAAGGUAAAUAUAGAAUAAGUGGUUGACCCUUCCCAAACUCUGCCCAGUUUGGAGUGAUGUGGAGUGCAACUCGAUCCCAGAUUUCCCUUUAAAUCGAUGAGACAAGUAUCCAAUAUUGAGUUGUCCACUCUAUGAAAGAUCGAGUAAAAAUGUUCCCAUAAAAAAAGGAUCAUGCUUGCUGGGUACGACUUUCUCCCACGUUAUGGAUAAAUUUCAGCGCAGCGUUUUGAUAAAACUUACACAGUAUUUGGUAUCAUUUUCUCAAGCAAAACAUGCAAGUUUCCUUUUUACCCAAUAUUGGGUAAACUGUAUUUAGACUGAAAGUAUUUUCUUUGUAAAAUAACCAUGACUGGUCUUCUUUAUUCAUUUCAUUUCAAAGUAAUACUUUCACAUUAUUCUGUGACAUUUGUCUACAUUUCUGGAGGGAGAUACACGGUUUCUAGAUUUUACAUUCUCUUCUAUUUCAAAACGAUAAUUUAACAGGUAAAACAAAAUAUUAAUUAGUCUUUUAAAAUUGAUAUUUUUCUCUUCGAGAGUGAAAGUAUAACGAUCGAUAAUACCCACUUGAAUUUACUUAUAAUGGUUCACACUGGUUCUUUUUUAAUUUGUUUGUUUAUUCGUCCAUUUUCCUGAAUAGUGAGGGAUUAAAAAACACAUUUGAUCCAACUUAAGAGUAUUUUUAUAUUAUGUGAAGCUUGAAUUUCGUACUCAGUUCUGCGGAAAAGGUUUCCCAGAAUUAGAAACACAUGGAUUAAAAUUGCAAUUUUCUUGUCCUAACAAUGCAAAUGUUCUAUUAGCUAUUUUUUAUUAAUCUAGUAUUCUAUUAAUAACAAUAUGAAGAUGUAUAAGAGAAAAUAGUAAUUGGACGUUUAAUUCUGAAAGUACCAAAAUAAUUCUUCAAUGUUAAACUUCAGAAAUAUUUUCAACCUGGCCAUAAAUUACAUUACUUUGUUCGAAUUCUUUUAAUAUUAGUAUUCUAUUUAUAACAAUAUGAAGAUGUAUAAGAGAAAAUACUUAUUGGACUUACAAUUCUGAAGGUACAAAAUUAAUUCUUCAAUGUUUAAGUUCAGAAAUAUUUUUAACCUGGCCAUAAAUUACAUUACUUUAUUCGAAUUCUUUUAAUCUUAGUAUUCUAUUAAUAAGAAUAUGAAGAUGUAUAAGAGAAAAUACUAAUUGGACUUACAAUUCUGAAGGUACAAAAUUAAUUCUUCAAUGUUUAAGUUCAGAAAUAUUUUCAACCUGGCCACAAAUUACAUUCCUUUGUUUGAAUUCUUUUAAUAUUAGUAUUCUAUUUAUAACAAUAUGAAGAUGUAUAAGAGAAAAUACUAAUUGGACUUACAAUUCUGAAGGUACAAAAUUAAUUCUUCAAUGUUUAAUUUCAGAAAUAUUUUCAACCUGGCCAUAAAUUACAUUACUUUGCUCGAAUUCUUUUAAUCUUAGUAUUCUAUUAAUAACAAUGUGAAGAUGUGUGAGAAAAAGCACAAAUUGGAUUUCAAAUUCUGAAAGCAUAAAAUUAAUUAAUUAAUGUUAAAGUUCAGAAAUAUUUUCAACUUGGCCAUAAAUUAAUAUACUCUGUACGACAUUUCUUAAGGUUGUCUCUAAUGAAAACAAGAGUUUCUCUUGACGUUUGCUCGGCGAUGUUCGGGGGAUGGAAGGACAUGGAAUAUGUACUGUCGAAUGCCCAUCAUGACAAAUUCGGUGAAAGUUUAAGUCCUUGAAACUAGAACGAAACUGUUGUUUCGGGUCACCAAUUUUCGACUAAGACUUUGUCACGCAUUUGAAAGUGCAUUUACUCUGUUUUUAAAUCCUCCAUACGUCGUUGAGGGGAAACCCCAUAAUAUCCCUAACUCGUACGAUAAUCAAUGAUAUAUGUUUACACAUGUAGAUUCCUCAUUUUGAUAAUUAAUUAGUAAAAUAAAAAAAUGCAAUUAAGAAAAUUAGAUGAAAACCAAGACUCUAUUUAUAAUAGAGCCCGAGCUUAUAAGGCCAGAGUAACAG